AUGAUUAUUGCUGCUUUACACUUCUUUGAGUCUUCCACCAACACUUUCCACUUCGAAUGUGGCAUGAUGACUCCUACACUGCUAGAUGUUGCUGCCAUUACUGGCCUAUCACCUCUUGGCGACACUUAUGAUCCUUGCAAAGCUUCCGACACCAUCAAAUUUGAUUUUCGAAACAAGUCUUACUCCAAAUACAUCGUGGAAAAUCGAAAGACUAGUGAUGAAGUGAGUGACGAAGAACACGUUGCUUUCCUAACCUUAUGGCUAUCGCAGUAUGUCUUCUGCACUCAAUCUCUCCAAGUAGCCAAGAAAUUCAUCCCUAUGGCUAUUCAACUACAUGAAUGUCAGCAAUUCAACUUCGCUCGACUUGUUCUUGGAUGUCUUUAUGAAUCCAUGAGGGAUGCUUGUGAACACCUUAAGAGAACAGGCGAUGGAUCUACCUUUUUAGGUGCUGGCCCCUUCUGGUUGCUGCAAUUAUGGCUAACUGCCACUUUUCAUGCUAAACUUGACCUUUUCUUGUCUGAGCCAUACUAUGAGGAAUCAAGAACGCGCCAAAUCGAAGGCACAAGGCUGGCAAGGAUGGUUCCUAGGGAAAGAGGCCUUAGUUAUGAUGUGGCUUUCCAGCAAUAUUUUAAUGCUUUUCUCAGCCUGAAGAAAUUCAAGCCUAGCUUUGCUCCUUUUGUGGAUAGGCCACUUGGUCCUCCUUGGUUUACUCACAGAUUUCCUUCUCCACCAGAAUUUGAUAUGGUAACCAACAGCAUUUGGAAUGCUUAUUUAAUGCCUACAGUCUUGUCUUGUCGAAUUGGUUUGACUUCUGGAGAUUUUGGGUUAGUUGGCUACUUCCCAAACCUGGUGUCUCGCCAAUUUGGCUUAACUCAAAUACUCCCUAAGAGCAUAUACUUGGAAGAGAGGGAGGUUUGUUUAGGCAAGCAUGGCAUGACAGAACCACAGUUCCAUUCGUUCUUGAACCAUUUCAAUCAGCCUUCUUAUGAGCUUACCCCAUUCGACUUCGCUCCCUCACAUGCCUGCACUAGGGAAUUCUUUACCUGGUGGUCUCGACACUAUGAAGGACGCCUGGUUGACAAGACUGCCUUGCUUACUGCUAGAGGGAGUAAGUCGAAGGCAGGUUCCAGCAAUUCUAGCAAACCUCUUCCUCCACCACCUAAGGUUGAACUAAAGAUUGCUUCACGCAAAAGGCCUCAUUCAACUGAAACCCCUUCUGUUUCGAAGAAACAAAGGCCUAUUCCAGCCACUUGUUCGAGUGCUCCAGAUAAGGAUAUUCCUGUUCUCUCGACCAUCCCUGAGCAGACUAACGUUGCCACCACUCAAGAUCUCCCUCAUAAUGCUGAACCCAUUACUGAUGAGAAAAAGAAAAAGAAGAAGAAGAAGAAAGAACACCAACCCAACCAAGAAGGUACUCCUGAGCGCAAGUCCUCUGAGAUUGAGGCACAACCUGAUACUCUGGCAUCACCUGAGGACCCUCCUUUAGAGCAAUCGGAGAGGAAGAAGAAGAAGAAAAAGAAGCAGAAAAAGUCUCCUGUUGCAGCUACUGUUGUCGAGGCUUCUGCUACUGCAAAAGAAACAACUUCACAGCCUGAAGCUUCUGCUACCCCUCAAGCCCAAGUAGGCCAUUCUUACUUCUUGUUACUUCCUCAGCUCUUGACUGUGUUACUCAUUCUUUCAUGGUUUCAUUUGUUUCAGCCACAAAAUUAUGCUCAAGUUAUUCCUCAAGAUGAGCCUGCUCCUAGCAAAGCGGCUGAAGGGGUGGUCGAAGGACCAAGUGGUACGCAUCCUGAAGAUGUAGCAGAAAAAUCUCCAUCUCCUCAGCCUGUCGAAACGGCCAUCCUUACUGAAACCUCAUCACCACCCAAGGCUCCUGGCUCGCCUCACCGCGCUUUCGAAGAUGAUACCCUUAAGCCUAACAAUGACGAAGACCAACUUGAUCAAGGCCUACCGCAACAGAAUCCUUUGACAAACCCUGCCCAAGUAUUGACUGAUAAUGAUCCUCCAACCAACUUUCAAGCUGACCCUGCUGCUAACACUGAACAGAGGCCAACAGUUGAUGGCGAACACUCCACUACCAAUCAACCACAACCAAGUGGGUCAAACCAUGAGUCUAGUUCACCCAGUGCUGACACUUUCGACUCUGAUGAUGGGAACUCCUACAUUGGUGAUUCACUUGGUGAAGAGGGAACUUCUGUGUCGAAGCCACUUCCUACUGUUGUCUUGCCAGCUGAACUUGCCAAAGAGUUAAAAGAUUUAACUCCAGUAGAUGCACUCAACAAGCUUUUAUCAAGUCAUGGCGCCUCUAGCUCCGCUGUUGAGGACACAGAGGGUAAGGAAGAUGUACUUGAGCAAGAACAGUUUGAGCAUGAAAUCAGAUUUAGGCGAGAAAUUCUUAAUGGGGAUAUGCUUGGCCUACUUGAGCGUGACUCUUCUAUAUAUUACAACAUCAAAGCCCUUUUUCGCAAGCUGCAGAACCCAAGGACUGACGAAGCAAUGUUCCUUCUAGUGACUCAGGCUGAAACCUUUUUAGAACAGUUCGUUAGUCAAUCUCAACUCCUAACCAGGACUAGCAGCCUUCUGACAUCUCUGCUUGCAACCCAGCAACACCAUUUCGAGCAAGCUAAUAAUUGCAAUGCAGAGGUCACAACUAUCAAAGCUGCCUCUGAUGAAGCUCUUGAGCAACUUGUGGCUUGUGAGAACAAUAUUGCUCAAUGGCAAUCUGAAAUCGAAGCGUUAAAGGAAAAGGUUCGACAGGAAGAGGCUAAGAUGGAAAAGCUAGCUGCAGUAGCUAUCGAAGCACAAAAGGUCAAGCUUGAUGAGCUAGCACGUGAAGGCAUCCAACACUACAGUGAUGGUCUAGCUGUCCAGAAGCAGGUUGAACACCUUGCUAGUGAUAAAGAAAUGCUACAACGUAAACUGGUGUCCAUUCGAACUCAGUAUUACCAAUUCCAAGCGGCCAAUCGAAAGCCUCCUUCAACAUCCCAACAACAACCUUGA